AUACUGUGUCGGCGCUUCACAUAUGCCGACGACGAGAGAGGCGCGGGGCGCGGGGCGCGGGCUAGCGGCCCGUUGCGCGUGCGCCGCGAUUCACCGGUCACUCAGCGAGCGACAGCCAACUAGGCGGACACUUUAUCGUCCUUGCGUGCAAUUUGAAUACGCGAAUAAAUUAUUAUAAUACAGUCCAAGUCUUAUUACACCGAAGUCCCGUUAGGGCUCCUUCAUUUUCUGGUCCUUCGAAGCGAAAAACCUGCAUACUUCCGUCGCAUUACAAAUGCAACGCAACGGUCAUUGACGUCGCGUGGUUUACAUUGACCGCGCCCAAGGACAAAGGACAAGAAGUCGUCUCCGUCAUCUACGUGGCAGCCUUUGUCGUCUGAAGAAGCUGAUGUCAGGGAGUAUAAUUCUGUAUUUGAGUGAGUCCAUCCAAUUACUUAUUUCCAACUUUCCCUAUUGAAAACUUCUUUUUGCUGAAAUUUUUAUUUUUUAAAUAUUUCUCCAUAAUUAAUCUUCUAGUUAUUCAAGUAAUAUAUUGCUUAAUUACUUCAUUGAUGCAUUAUUUAAUUAUUUCAUAACAAAAAGUACGCACGCACUUGACACGUGUUAACCUUGAAACCGGUCAAGUCUUAUCGCUUUGAAUAGAACCCGUUCGUCUACGCAAACAGGUGCUGCAUUUUUUAUAUCCAUUCAUUACGAUUCCUUUGUUUAAUUUUAUUUUUUAUGACUCUUUUUUUGUUUCACAUUGCAACAUAAAAACUUUAAGAUGUCUGAUAAUUUAAAAACCCUUAUUAAAAAACGUAGUUCAAUAAAGUCUAAAUUAACAAUAUUUAAUAAUUAUUUAAUGUUAAUAAAAAGCAGUCCCGAAUUAUCAGAGUUACAACGUCUUGACCUCAUGGAACGUUUUCGUAAAUUUGAAAAUUUAUAUAAUGAAUUUGAUGACCUGCAGAAUACGAUUGAACUACUCUCCGAGGAUGCCGAGUCUACGUUUACUGAGCGUGAGGACUUCGACCGUCAGUAUUUCAAUCUGGUGGCACUCACGCGCAGCCUGCUCGGUGCUUCGUCCAACGGUACUGGAUCUGAGGCGGGCUUCAAAGAUGCUGACUCAGCUCUGGUGAACGUGAUCGGCGCGUCGGGUAAAAAGUACACUGCACGUCUACUGCUGGACAACGGUAGCACGGCCAACUUUGUUACGCAGACAUUCUUCGAGAAACUGGGUUUGUUACGACGCGGUACUAGCACCAGGGUAACAGGUCUUAAACUAGCGGACCCGAACUUCAACGUUCCGUCGGCCGUAGAUAUCCUGGUAGGGGCUGAAGUGUUCUGGGAGGUAUUAAGUAAAAAUUAUAUAGAUUUAGGGAAAAACUUACCUAAAUUACACGAAACUAGAUUCGGAUGGCUAGUAUCAGGUAGUAUUCCCCACCAAUCUAAACAAAAAUCUAUUUUUAAUCAUUUUUGCCAUCACACUAAUGUCACUCCCGACCUUACUCAAUUCUGGGAGCUUGACAACGUUUCUUCAAAACAUUCAUAUUCUCUAGAAGAAAGAGCAUGUGAGCAAAUUUUUAAGCAAACCACUGUUCGUAACAAUGAUGGUGGAUUUGUAGUCACCAUGCCUUUAAAGGGUGACCCUAGUAAUUUAGGUCAAUCUUAUUUACAUGCUAAAAAUAGGUUUUUAUCCCUUGAAAGGCGAUUUAGGCGUGACCCUAUUUUUAAAAGGCAUUAUAUUGAAUUUAUGCGAGAAUAUGAAAACUUAGGUCAUAUGACUUUAGACUCGCACUCUACUUCAGUACCUGAAAUCUCUAAAUUUCAAUAUUUUAUUCCCCAUCAUGGAGUUGUUCGAGAUUCUAGUACCACGACAAAACUACGCGUAGUAUUCGACGCAUCAGCCUCUACCAGUUCGGGUGUGUCUCUUAACGACAUACAGAUGGUCGGACCAGUAGUUCAAGACGACCUGUUUUCAAUUUUAACACGUUUUCGUCAGCAUAGGUACGUGGUUUCAGGUGACGUUGAAAAGAUGUAUAGGGCGAUUGAAUUAAAUCCAGUUCAACGACCUCUUCAAAAAAUUAUUUUUCGUUUUAAUUCUUCAGAACCUCUAAAGACCUACACAUUAAAUACGGUCACUUAUGGUACUGCCUCUGCCCCCUAUUUAGCUACAAAGUGUCUCACAAGUCUAGCUGAUAACCUUGACGACUAUCGUGUUCAAAGCGCUAUUCGUCGUGAUUUUUACGUAGACGACUAUUUGAGUGGAGGGAAUACCAUAAGCGAAACUAUCGAAAUUUCAAAAAAGGUACAUUCGGUUCUAUCAUCAGCUAAAUUUAAUUUACGUAAAUGGAGAUCAAAUAAUCCAGAAAUUCUUAGACAAGUUACUAAUAGUAAAAUCGAAUCACAAAAUACUCUACAUUUCUUUGAUCAAGAUCCGAAUUCUUGUCAGGCUAAAACUUUAGGUCUUAAUUGGGUUUGUGAUUCAGAUUCCCUUACAUAUACUAUUAAUAUAACGCCAAAUACUAAAAUUACUAAACGUCAUGUUCUUUCUGUAAUUAGUAAAAUAUUUGAUCCACUGGGUCUAGUAGGACCUUAUGUCGUUCAAGCAAAAAUCAUUAUGCAGAGACUUUGGAUAAAUAAAUAUGAUUGGGAUGACGAGAUGUCACACGAGCUUAAAAAUCUUUGGUCGACAUUUGAAAACACUUUAAUAUCAUUAAAUAAUUUAAAAAUACCACGAUGGGUUUUGUGUCAAGACUCUAUUAAACACGAAAUUCAUGUCUUCACAGAUGCAUCGGAAAAGGCGUACGGGGCAUGUCUGUAUAUUCGAUCAAGUAGUGAUAAUGGCUCUACAAAUGUACAGCUUCUAGUCUCUAGAAACCGAAUAGCGCCUGUCAAACCGACGACCAUACCGAGGCUUGAACUUUGCGGAGCUUUGUUAGGUGCAAGGCUGUGUACUAAGGUUCAGGAAUCGCUUACCAUACCCAUUCAUAGAUGUAGCUUUUGGUGUGACUCUACCAUAGUUCUAGGAUGGCUUUCAACUCCUUCUAAUCAAUUAAAACCUUUUGUUAAAAACAGAGUCAAUGAGAUUUUGGAAAUCACAUCGGGUCACUCCUGGAGCUACGUACCGUCGAAGGACAACCCGGCGGAUCUUGUUUCCCGUGGCCUCAGUGCCGACGUAAUAAACGAUACACCUCUGUGGUGGUCCGGUCCUUCUUUUUUACUUCAUGGUAAAAAGGAGUGGCCGAAAAUGCCAAACACAGAGAAACACGAUUUGCCGGAAGUAGUUACUCAUUUCAUUAGUAAUUGUCGCAAUCAUUCAUACGUUUAUCAUUCAGACGCAAUCACGCACUCAUCAAUCAUUAAUUGCUUAUUAGAAAAAUAUUCUAGCCUAAAUAAAAUUUACAAAAUAUUUACAUAUAUACAAAGAUUUAUUUAUAACUUAAAACAUAAAAAUAAAAUGCAUGGCAAUCUUUCUGCAAAAGAAAUACAAAAUUCAAUAAAUACUAUUAUACAUCAUUGUCAACUUGAAAUGUUUCCUGAAGAGUAUAAUCUUUUAAAAUCUGGUCAGAAAUUGCCACGCAAAAGUAGAUUGCUUCCUUUGACUCCAUUCAUUGACAAUCAUAAUCUCAUUCGCGUGGGCGGGAGGCUUGACAACUCCCCCUACGAUUUUAACAUAAAACAUCCCAUUGUAAUUUGUAGUAAGCAUAUUUUUACUAAACUUUUAUUUCAUAUGCAACAUUUAAAACUUUUACAUGCCGGCCCACAAUUAUUAUUGUCACAUAUAAGACAAAGUUAUUGGCCUCUAGGUGGCAGAAACUUAUCUAGACUUAUCGUAAAUAAAUGCCUUACAUGUUUCAAAAAUAGAGCACAAAAUGUACAGCCUCUAAUGGGUCAUUUACCUAGUGCUCGAACUAAUCUGGAAUUUCCAUUUCUCAACUGUUAUGUAGAUUACGCGGGGCCAGUAUUGAUAGCCGAUCGUAAAGGCCGCGGUUGCAAACUUAUAAAAUCUUAUAUGUGCAUCUUUGUUUGCUCAGCAGUAAAAGCAGUGCACUUGGAGCUCGUCUCUGAUCUUAGCACUGAUGCUUAUAUGGCCGCGCUACAUCGUUUCAUAGCGCGUCGAGGCAAACCGCGGACGAUAACAUCUGAUAACGGCACGAAUUUCGUAGGCGCAUCCAACGAAAUACAGAAAUUUAUUCAAUCAUCGAAUGUUGCAUGUGAGAUAGCACAAGAGGGUAUCGAUUUCAUUUUCACACCUGCUUAUAGUCCUCAUUUCAACUCUUUAGCGGAAGCAGCAGUCAAAUCAUGCAAGCAUCAUUUAAAAAGAUUACUUUCUCUAACCCAUUUCACAUUUGAGGAGAUGACUACGUGUCUCACUCAAAUAGAAGCGAUUCUAAAUUCGCGUCCUCUAACACCUCUCUCUUCAGACCCUAAUGAUUUUUCGGCACUAACUCCUUCUCAUUUUCUAAUUGGACGACCACUCUUAUCAGUACCAUGCUCUCGGGUGACUGAAGCCGACAUCACUCGACUGGACCGAUGGAGGAGAAUCCAGUACAUACGACAUCAUUUCUGGAGCCGCUUCCAUAAUGAGUACACUUCUUUGCUACAGGCCAAAUCCAAAUGGUUUAGUUCCAGAGGGGAGGUGAAACCAGGGUCUUUAGUCCUAAUCAAGGACAAUACAACACCACCGCUGCUCUGGUCCCUGGGUCGGGUCACACAGACCUUUCCCGGCGUAGACGGAGUCACGCGGGUGGCAGAAAUCAAAACGAAGAGAGGAACAAUUCGUCGCGCUUUCAAGAACAUCUGCCCCCUUCCUGAUCAAGAUUGAAGAGCACUCUUCAACCCGGGGAGUAUGUCGGCGCUUCACAUAUGCCGACGACGAGAGAGGCGCGGGGCGCGGGGCGCGGGCUAGCGGCCCGUUGCGCGUGCGCCGCGAUUCACCGGUCACUCAGCGAGCGACAGCCAACUAGGCGGACACAUUAUCGUCCUUGCGUGCAAUUUGAAU